AACUUGAAAUGUAACAUUUUAUUAUUAUUUUCUUAUUUAAUUUGUACACACGACUUUUGUUACUAAAAUAAUCCUAAGACUCAUUAAUAGAUAUUUAAUUAUUCUAAAAAUGUUUAAUAAAAUUUCUUCCAUCUAUUGAAUAUAAUAUUACAUUUAAUUCUUCAAAAUUAAAUAUGUGUAGGAAAUUUUUAAAUAUCUCUCCCUAUUAUGACAGUCGUAAUCUGAGUAUUUAUCCAUGUUGUUAUUUGUGAUAUACAUUACAUAUGCAAUUAUUUAGUUAUUGUAAAAAUUUGUGAAAUUCAUUUAAUGUUGUAAGACUAAAAUACAGUAAUAUAAAGAAAACCAUUGAUGGUUAGUAUAAAAUAUUUUUUCAUACAAUUACUAAGCACUUAUUAAGAUAGAAAUCUUGAAAUGCUAAGCAUAUGUAUUUUGUCAAAAAAAUAUUUUUAAAAUUUUAAAUUUCAAAAUUGAAUUUCAAUCGUAGUAAGAGAUCGAUUUUUUGCUGAGAUUUGAGCUACUUAAUUAAAAAAAAAAUUAAAGGUGUACACUUUGUGGUUGGGGGGGGGGGGGAGAACCAAGCAAUAAGGAGGAAGAGGAGAAUCAGACUAAAUACCAAGAUGAUUAGAAUAGACUGACAAUAAAAUGUACAAUAUCCGAUUGUUUGUGACACUUUAAAAAUAACACUUUUUUCAGAUAAUAAUGGAGCUUCGAGGUGCUAUUUGUGACAUGACUGCAUCAAUUAAAAAAUCUGCGCAUGGCUUGACAGAAGUAAAAGAACGGAUGUUGCUUUUGUAAAUACUUGGUAUAAACUGAAAUGAAAAUGGACGAGCACUUAAAGACCGAUGAGAGAGUGGUGGACACAGAAACAUCUGAUAAUAAUGGUGAAAAAACAUUGUCUUGUCCUAUUUGCGGAAAAGGUUUUUCCCAUAGUCAGAGUAGAAAAAGACACAUGAAAACUCACACCGGAGAUACAAAAACAACAUGCCCGAUUUGUGAAAAAGAUUUGGCGCGCGCAGAUGCGCUUUCACGGCAUAUGGCAGUUCAUGCCUCUAAGGAAGAAAUACAAAUGUUCUUUUGUGAAAUCUGUGAAGAAGGAUCGACCUCAUUUAAGAGGUUAAUGAAACACAUGAAAACUCAUGACGAGCAUAAAGACACGUGUGAAUUAUGUGACAAAGUCUUCUCUUCUAUUUCUAAUUUAAAAAGACACAUUGAGAGAACCCAUAAUCAUGUGAUUAAGAAACCCAUGAAGAAAACUGAACAAUCUUACACUUGUUCUUUUUGCACGCAGGUGUUUAAACACUCUGCAAGUAGAAACAGGCACAUGAAAACCCACACAAGUUCAGAUAAAUACCAAUGCACAGUCUGCAACAGCGCAUUCCCGCGUUCUGACACUCUAUACAGACACAUGAAGACGCACAAAGAAGAUCGGUUUCCUUGUGACAUUUGCGGGAAAUCUGUGAAAACCUACAGUAGGCUCGUUACACACAUGACAACUCAUACUAGUAAGGUGUGUGUGGUUUGUAACAAAAGGUUUAAAACAAUUAGAAUUUUGCAGAGACACAUAAAGCGUCAUGAGGAGGAGGGUUUGAAUGUGGAGGCUUGUUUGGAGGGUAGUUUGGUGGAUGGUUCGGAGGAUGAUUUGGAGGAUAAUUUGGUGGAUGGUUCGGAGGAUGAUUUGGAGGAUAAUUUUGAGGAUGGUAUGGAGGAUAAUUUAGAGGAUAAUUUAGAGGAUGAUUUGGAUGAUAGUAAUUUUAUGGAAUCUGAUGUAAAACCAGUUCUCAGAACGGACCUCAAAUGUAAAGAUGUGAACAAAAUGUCCGAAAACAUGGACGCGGGGAGUGAAAUUAAAUUGGAAACUGAUCUUGGGAUUAUUGUUUCUGAACAAGAUGUCAUGGAAAUUAUUCCAAAAGUUGAAGAGGGUAUGGAGAGAGAUUCACAUGGCUUCCAUUGUGAAAUUUGUUCAAUUCCGUUUACUCAUUACAUUACUCUUGAAAAGCACAUGAAAACCGAACACUUUAGUAAUAAAACUUGUGCUUUCUGUGAACAAGUUUUCUCAUCAAACUCAAACUUGAAGCGACACAUGAAGAGGCUUCACGGUCUGAAUAUUGAAUUAAAAGAUAAAGAUGAACAAGCUGCGGAACAAACUAAACCGGAAGAUACUAAGAUACACCCCUGUGGUGAGUGUGAAGAAGUCCUCACUUCCAAAGAAGAUUUGAGAGAACAUUGGAUGACUCACAAAGACUUUAAACCCUACAAGUGCCAGUUUUGCGAGCAAAGCUUUAAACAUGCUCCUAGUAGAAACAGACACUCAAAAACACAUACAGAAACCGACAACCAUUCAUGUACUUUCUGCAACAGAAAGUUUAACCGUCAGGAUACUUUGAAGAGACACAUGAUAAGCAAACAUACUCCUAAAGAAUCACUUCAACGAUUCUCGUGUGCAAUAUGUGAAUCCUCCUUCGCAUUUAAUCAUAUUUUGGAGAGACAUAUGAAAACCCAUGUUGAAAGAGGAUACCACUGUAAACUCUGCAAUAAAUCGAUGUCGACCGCGGAGCGAUUAGCCAACCACAUGAUACGGCACACUGGUAUAGUUUGCUCCAUCUGCAACAUAGCCUUUUCUAAAGUUGGGAAUUUGCAAAAACACAUGAAGAAACAUGAAAAUGAAGUUGAUUCUCUACUCCCUGAUCUUGUUAUUAAGAUAGAAACUGAUAUUUAGCACUCAUUAAUCUAAUGAUUUUCCUAAUUUUACUCCAUCCAUAGACAAUAGACACACUUUUGAAAAUUAAUCUUUAAAUAACACAAAUUCUAACUUUUAAGUACACAUGAUUGUUUUUAUCAAACUAGUUUAAAAUAGCUGCUAGUUUAUCAAACUAGUUUAAGCUAGUUUAAGUUUCUUUUAGAAUGUUAAUUGUAAAUUGUACAUAAUGAACAUAAUUAUAUCUUGUUAAAUUUUGUGAAAUUCAUGAAAAUUAUUUUUAAAAAAACGAACCCUUAUUCACUUUCAUUUUUCUUACUUUGGAGAGAAUUAAACAAAAUGUGCCAUCAGCGGACCUAUAUACCCUCUUUCCUAGGAAAGCUUUAUAUUUUAUGCACAGUCCCCCCCCCCCGGCCCCCUUCCUGAUCUACAAAAAUAGUUUCUCCCACCCAAAACGGAAGAAUAAAUUCUUCAAAAUAAAGGCCCACAAUAACUUUUUUAUCACCCUUCCCCCUUAUUGUUGUAAUUUGCUAUCAAUGACGUAGUUUGAGAUAUAUUUGCAAUUCUAAUUUAUUGUAAAGAAUGUUUGAACAGUUUAAAGAUGCUGUUUAACAAGAACACAGUAACACAAACAAAACCAUCCAUGACAUUGAUACAUAUAUUUUUUUUCUAAGUUUAAAAAAAAAUUAUUCACUGAAGUUUUUACGUUCGGGAAGUCUAAUGCAAAGUACUUUUUAGAAAUAAAAGCUUUGGAAAUGCCGAAAUGCUAAUAAUACGUUUUUGCCAGGAAUAUAUUGUUUUUCAAGG